AUGCAGAAUGCCGAGGUGUCGGUGUUUGAGGUCAACAUUCGGUUUAUCGGAGGACUGUUGGCGGCCUACUACCUCUCCGGCCAGGAAGUAUUCAAACUAAAGGCGGUCCAGCUAGCCGAGAAGCUGCUUCCUGCCUUCAACACCCCGACUGGGAUUCCCUGGGCCAUGGUCAACCUCAAGAGCGGCGUCGGGCGUAACUGGGGCUGGGCGUCGGCGGGCAGCAGCAUCCUGGCCGAGUUUGGGACUCUGCACAUGGAGUUUGUUCACCUGACCUACCUGACAGGAAACCCCGCCUACUACCAGAAGGUGAUGCACAUCCGGAAGCUGCUGGCCAAAAUGGACCGACCCAACGGGCUUUACCCGAACUACCUGAACCCCCGUACGGGCCGCUGGGGCCAACGUGAGUACACCUGUCUAUUGACCUUUUGAUUUCCUCUGUCUUUACGUAGCAGAGCCAUGAAGAGCAGGAGGAGAGAUUAACUCUAAGUGGAGGGACGACGAGCGCUGGAAUGGAUCCUCUCUAAUGAGGACAAAUUGAAUCGAGUAGAAGACGAUGGAGGACGGGGGACGCAGUAUUCCCACUAUAUUGAUUAAAUUUGGCGAGCUGCCCGGGGAAAUUAACGGCGAAGUGAAGUUCGACACGCGGCGACACACGAAACCCGUCGUUUCUGCUCCGAGUAAAUUCCCCCGCAAACGUGUAAUGAAGCUGAAGAGACAACAAGUGCGUCUGUCGGUUACACCUGAAAACAACGUGGGACAAGCAGGCGCUUUGUAAUUACGGUCACGCCGACGAAAUGCAAAUGCGGGAUCAGAAUACGAACACGUGAAUCCCAGCGGACAUGUUUUUAGCUUAAGCAUAGGUCCAGUUUCAGGUAGCUCUGAUUACUUCUCCUGUUUGUUGGGGCGGAGAAAGGAUCCCGCUUCACCGCAUGUUUGGAAUAAAAACGAGUAAAAGUGUUCCUGUUCUGUGCAGAAAAGAAUGCUGCUUUUUCUAAGUUUAUCUGAAGAGAGCAGGUUAGAAGUCAGAGUUCAACAAAUCACAUGAGCGCCUCCCAGACUCACAGUAUCUAAAAGUAUUUGUACUCCUCAUGAAUAUAAAAACUCUACGUUCAACUCU